CAGAUGGCUACGACAUCGAUGGAUUCAAACCUGCUUGCCCUCCACCUUGGAGAUUCUUGCCAACCAGAUACUAUUUCAAAGCCAACUUGCAUAUUCACCAUUUUCGGCGUGCGGUUCCUCCCAUUGCUGAUUCCUAUCCACG